CAGAAUGCACAUGCCCCGCGCGCUUCCUCGCAGCAGCGGUGAUGCUGAUGGAGUGUUUUCGCUCGCGGUGCUGGAGAUGUGAUGGGUCUUCUGGAGUUCGUCUCUGAUCGUCAUGCUUCCCGGGGUCCUUUACGCGCUGCUGGCGGGUUUUCUCGGUGCGGUCGCGUCCUCCUCCGCCAAACUGUCCCUCGGCACCGACUACCUGAAGGGCGUGUGUGAGACCGGCCUGCGGACAUGGGGCGAGCAGAGGAGAUUCACGCAGCACAACGACACGAGCGCGUGCGACUGGUUGCACAUCCCGCUCAGACUGCUGUGUGGAGGUCUGCUGUUCACCUGUAACGCUGUGAUGUGGACGUUCCUGGCCAAAGCUCUCCGCAGCUCGUGCUCCUCCACCCGCACCACUGUGACCACCACCGCCUCCAACUUCAUCUCCUCUGCGUUUCUGGGGCAGCUAAUAUUCGGGGAGACACACGUGGCUCUGUGUGACAUCACUUCCUUCAGUCUCCCAGAGGGUCAGGUACUGAUUAAAGCUGUGGUUCCCCACAUGCAUUUUUUUCAUGCAUCAUCAUCAUCAUCCUCCAGCACUGUGAGCACUGCGUGUGGCAGGAGACGUGCAAUAAUAACACCAAACCUCUCCAAAUGUUGGCAUUCUACAUUCUUUACCAGAAGAUGCUUUUCCCAAAUAUGCCACAUGACUUAUGCAUGCAAACAUCCAGUGAUGUGAGAGCAAAGACACUUUCUGUAGCUGUACGAAUGAACGCAAACCAAAACCUGUUCUUCAGCCCCUUCUGCAGACACCGAAACUUACCAGGAUGAUGCAAUGCUGGAAACCAACACGUCUAAUCUGAUGCAUUUCCUAGUGAAGAAAGAUCAUUUAGCUUGUUUGUAAAAAUGUGCACUGUAAGAUCAGUAGAGCAUGUAUGAAGAAAGUCAGCUUUGCUUUCAUGUUGACUUUGUAGCUCCUUACCAAACCACCUAGACCAGGUGGAAACCACGUUAAACGACCUGCUUUUUUCUGGAUCUUCCAGGACACUGAAGCAGAUUUAGCAGGUCAUUACUGGAGGGGGCUAAAGGACGAGGUCAAGGUCUUGUACUUCCUGUGAAUUAUUCUAGUUCUUCCUGUGUUAUGAGUCUCAAUUGGGCGCAUGAACCCAGAGACUCAUAGAGCAGCUAAAUAUGGUAGAUAUUACUCAAAUAAACAUGGACCGAAUGCAUUCCAACAUAAUGUGAUGUUAUGAAGUCCCUGGUAAUGUGACGCCAUCUGUGUUUAAUGUUGACAACAUCCGUCCUUGUCAUGAGCCCAUUAUUUGCAAAUAAUGUUUCAUUUUGUUAUAAUUAGGCGUGAUGAACAUUCAGGUAACUGUUAAAGGAUUUACAGUAUCUUUCUGAACAAUGACACUAAAUUUACACUUAAUUACAGCUGUUACCAUAGUAACUAUAGAAUGUAGUAUUAUGAUUAAAAUAUGAAUUAUUUGGCUUGUAUGUGGGCAUUCCUUUUGUGUCAUUAUGAUUAAAGGAUUAGUUCAGACAAAAAUUAGAUUUGCUGAAAAUGUAGCCUACUCAAUCUCAGGCCAU